CAAGCAGGUGUGCGUGAUAUCCGAUGUCAGAGACGAUUUAUUAAUUCGCUUAUCAACGUGAUCAUUCGUUUAAAAGAACGUCCGUUCACUCGUCCGAUAGACGUCUCGGAUAGACAGGUUAAGGUAAUAGAAUAUGUAGAUUUCGGUUAUCGCGCGCGACAACGAGAUAUACAUGCCCACGCGGAAAACGUUUUCGUUCAAAUGCGACAAAAGUGAGGUAUCGUAAAUGUCGUCUCUGUAAACGCGUGGUAUUUUCCGAAACGCGAGUGCAUUGAUACGUGGAAAAAACGUACAUUUACGCUGCAAUCACCGCUAUCCGCCGCAAAAUAUCAAAUUUGUGGGAUAUAGAGGACGACAGAAAAUGAGGCUGUGCUGUUCGAAGAGAGACGAGGUUUACUCGUUGCAACUGGGACACGAAAAUGAAAUUACGAAAGAUACUAUUCGGAGCGAUAUAGAAAAAUUUGGAUUUUAUCAGAUGGUGAUGUUUGCAUUUAUAAGUUUACCACUCAUUUUAACGGCAAUGUUUACGCUCUCUUACGUAUUUACUGCGGGCGAAGUUAAGUACAGAUGUUUGGUGCCAGAAUGUGAGCAUCCGGAAAACGCGACGUUCGAUUCACCGUGGAUCAACGUUUCCUCCCCAAAAAUCAACGGAAAGAUCUCUGGUUGUACACGUUAUAUGCUGAAGGAUAAUCAUUCGGACACGUGUUCGAAAACAUCGUUCACCAACGUGACUCGUGAAUGCGAUUCUUGGGUUUACAAUCCAUACGAGCAUACGAUACUCGACGAGUGGAAUUUUACCUGUGACGCUAAUCGAUGGAAACUCACGCUAGUGGGCACGAUGCAGAGUAUAGGGCAAUUCAUCGGCUUGAUGUUCGCUGGAUAUAUAUCUGACAGGUACGGGAGGCGAACCUUUUUGACGCUGGCAACGUCUCUGGCCGGAGUCAGUGGCUUGAUACAUUCCUUCUCCGUGAAUUAUUGGAUGGUUCUCGUAUUCGAGUUCCUUGACGCCACCAUGGCGGCCGGAAUUUACAGCGCGGGAUUUAUUCUAGGGGUAGAAAUGGUAAAAGUAAAGAACAGACUUCUUGCAAGCACCAUCAUGUGCUGCAUGUUUACCACAGGCGAGAUCAUGUUGGGAUUUUUCGCGAGUUGGCUUAGAUCCUGGCGAAUGCUUCUUAGGGUGGUGUACGCGCCAGGACUGUUGGCCAUUUUCUUACCUUUGGUUAUUCCAGAAUCGGUCAGGUGGCUAUUGUCAAAGGGUAAAGACGACGAAGUGAAGAAAAUAUAUCACAAAAUGGCGCGAAUGAACAAUCUGCAAGUAACGGAUGAGGCUAUUAAUAUAUUCAAGGAAUUAAAUGUUGCUGAAAACAAAACGAAAAGCGAGCUAGCGAUUGAGUUGGACGAGAGGAAGCCGAUCGUGCAGGUUCUACAUAGCUCAGUAAUACUCAUUCGUUUGUUAGUCUGCUCGUUCUGCUGGGUCACGAACACAUUCGUUUUUUACGGAUUGUCGUUGAAUUCCGUGGCAUUCGCCGGGGAUAAGUACAUCAAUUUCAUACUCGUCGCCGUGGUCGAGGUACCGGCUUUCUUUCUUACCUGGCUACUGACCGAUUGCAUUGGCCGUAAACCAACGCUCUCCGGCUCCUUCCUGCUGAGCGGAAUAUUUUGCUUUGCGAUCCAGUUCGUACCGUCAGGUGCCUGGAGUUACGGGUCUUUACUUUUGUACAUGGCCGGGAAAUUGUGCAUCACCAUAGCGUUUUCCACUAUCUACAUCUAUACGGCGGAGCUGUUCCCGACGACACUCAGGCAUUCCCUCCUCGGCUUUUGCAGCAUGACCGGUCGCAUCGGCUCAAUCUUAUCGCCGCAGACGCCUCUACUGGCGCAAAUAAUGCCUUCGCUGCCGCUCAUUUUAUUCGCGCUCAUGAGCAUAAUCGCGGGCUUGCUGUCUCUGAUCUUUCCGGAAACUUUGGGGAUGAAACUUCCGGACACCGUAUGGCAGGCGGAAAACAUCGGUAGAGAUAAGUCAAACGGAACCCGCACUUAAGAGCGACACAAAGACGCGUUAAGUUUACCGAGAGAAAGAGAGAGAGGAAUAACAACAAGUUUUUCCAAAAUUUCACCGACAACGCGUUUUUUCAGAUGCGCCAGAUUGUGAUAAAGGAUAAUCUUUACAAGGCCACGAUGUAAAAAAAAAAAUAUGUUAAAGAUAUAAUUGAUUACAGACGCUGAGAUUUGGUCGUAUGCAAAAGCAGCUUGCCACGCUGCAGAUUUUAUCUGUCAGCGAUUUGAAUAAGCGCGACAUAUUUUCGGCCAUGUGACUGUUUACCUUCCGCAAAACCACCCACCGUCCCGUCAUUCGUCUUACUCCUCGCGUUUACCUGCACACGGAGGAAGGAUCAUAAUAUCUUCCGAUGCAAAAUCUCUCAGCGUUCUCGCUGGCAUUCACACGCGUGCAAUUCACAAGGUAUGCUGAUGGAAAUGGAUCGCGCGGAUCCUGUUUCUACAAUAUUCGUAUAUCACGUUCUCUUCGUAUUCUUGAAACAUUUGUAUAUCCGUGUUCCAUGUUAAUACGUCAUUCUUAAAUACGUAUUGCAUUUCACUCUAUUCUAUUAUCUCGUAGAACGUAAUACGUAAGAUAAAUGUUAUAAGAAUGAGAAAAAAGAGAGAGAUGUCGCACACUUAUUUAGGUUUUCUCGUCAGAUUCGUCUACACAGCAAUAAUUUGCUCGCACGUGUAUCGCCAGCCAUACAACGUGAUAAAGAACGUUGUAUCGGUAUGUAUUAUGUAAUAUAAUGUUUUCACGCGACUCUGUUCAAUAUAUGACACGAUUUAUUCUUAGACUUCAAUUCUCUGCGUUUGUAAGUAUAUAUAAUUUUAUAUUAUUAUAUAUAAUUAUAGAGUGUCCGACAAGUAAUCCGUCAAACUGAGUCGAAAAGUCCUGAACCAUUCUUUUAUAUAACGCUUAAUAAAAGAGUUAUUAUUGAGUAAAGUCUGGCCAAUCAUCGUCGACCUUUAGUCGGACGUACGUCAGUGAACCGCAUGCCUGAUAGUGAUACCAGCUGACUGAUUGUGAGCACUCACGCACACUACCAAGCGCGCGGCUCACUGACAUGCGGUCGGCUAAAAUUUGGCGCUGAUCGAUCAGAUUUUAUUCACUAAUAACUCUUUUAUUAAGCGUUAUACAAAAAAAUUAUUCAGGACUUAUCGACUCAGUUUGACUAAAUCUACCUCCAUCUUUCGUUUGGUCACUUACUUGUCGGACACCAUGUAUAAUAGCAUAAUAUAAUUUAUUCAUUUAUUGUAACUUAUUUUUAAUUAUUCUGAAAGAAACUGAUAUAUAUAUAUAUAUAUAUAUAUAUAUAUAUUUAUGUAUAACAAUAUAUACUCAAGAGAUAAAGUGUUUCAAGUAUUAUUAAUUAAAAAUAGUACGGCAGUUGAAGCUUCUUUAAUAAGAUAGAGCUCAUUUUUUUAUUAAAAAAAAUCAAAUUGAUAACACUUUUUCUCGAGACAUUUGAGAUCAUAUUGUUAUAUCGUAAAGUAUUAAAUAUCUAUGAGUAUUAUGGAUUUUAAAAGCAGGAUGUUAGAGUAUUGUAUAAUAUUAUAUAAUGCGAGUCUGUUUGUGUGUGAAAUAAUGUAUCGUUAUCACACAAAUAAUAGGGAGGAAAAUAAAUAUUAUCAAACAAAUUAUUCAAACAAAUUAUAUACUACACAUAAAGAUACAAAAAUAAAUUAUUCUUUUUACACGAAAAUGUUUUUUUUUUUAUUUCUACACUUUAAUUGUCAAACAAAGAUAUACAUUAGAGAUUAGAGUGCAUCUCGACUGUUUCACUCUAAAAGGAUAUGCAGUUUCAGAUUAUCGCACCCAGACAAGUCUUCCUUGUGCAAAGCAAGUAAAUGAAAAUACAAUUUGCUUUUCGUCUGUGUUGCCUAUAAAAUGGAGACUUUUUUAACACAUGACGUAGCCCGACGCAUGGCUAAGGCACAUAACUUUCUUCCAGAGAAAUAUUAUCGUUGCGCGAAGAUCGUGUGUACUUAGAGUUUCUUUUUUUUAUUAAAAAAACAACAUGAUAAUACUUUUUCUCGAGACAUUUGAGAUUACAUUGUUGUAUCGUAAAAUAUUAAAUAUAUCAAUAAGUAUUAUAGAUUUUAAAAGCAGGAUGUUAGAGUAUUGUAUAAUAUUAUAUAAUGCAAGUUUGUAUGUGUGUGAAAUAAUGUAUCGUUAUCAUACAAAUAAUAGAGAGGAAAAUAAAUAUUAUCAAACAAAUUAUUCAAACAAAUUAUAUAUAAAGACAAAUUAUAUAUAAAGUGUGAAAUAAUGUAUCGUUAUCCUACACAUAAUGUUAAAAAAAAUAAAUAAAUAUUAUCAAACAAAUUAUGUACUACACAUAAAGAUACAACAAAAAAAAAAAAUAAAUUAUUCUUUUUAUA